CGACAAUAUGGCGCGAAGAGAUACUACAAAUAUAGCUGAAAUAGUACGAAGAGUUGUGAGUUCAAUAAAUAGUCUUGAUUCAAGUACAACAAAUGCAGCAACUCUUCAAAACAUGGAGACUGUAAGCCGCAAUCCAAGUUCAAGGACACCUGGACAAGAAGUCAACGACGCUUUUCGUCUCCCAAGGACAAGUAGUACAAAUGAAUCUCAAGAAACUAUUACCCCUCGAUCGAGAAAUGGGCGAUUCACACCUUAUAGCGGUAGAAAGAAAGAGAAAAAAGCAAAAGAGAAAAAGGUUUCAAGUUCUCAACUAGAUUUUACAUAG